UCCUUUCGGCACUGGAUACGAAGCAGCGCACCGGACGCGACUCGUCUCUCUGGUACAGACAAGCAUUUGCUCGUGUAACUGCGACUGCCCUUCGCCAGGCGCGAGCGGCUUGAACCACAAAGACACCUAAGGGACUGAUUAGAAGCCCUCUUGUCUAACUACAAACAAAGCCGGCACAGGCGCAUACUCACCGAAAUGAUGCUCGAGGAAAAAUACAUCGGACUGGCUUUGGCCAUGUCAUCUAGUUUGGCUAUAGGCACAAGUUUCGUAAUAACGAAAAAGGGUCUACUGCAAGCUGGCGAAAGGCAUGGGUUUGAGGGCGAUGGCUUCGUAUAUCUUCGCAACCCCUUGUGGUGGAUAGGAAUUCUGAGCUUGGUUGCUGGUGAGGUCUGCAACUUUGCCGCCUACGCAUUUGCGCCAGCUAUUCUGGUCACGCCUCUGGGUGCCCUCAGCGUCUUGAUAGGAGCUGUGCUGGGGUCAUAUUUCUUGAAAGAAGAGCUUGGAACACUGGGCAGGUUGGGUUGCGCCAUCUGUCUCAUCGGCGCCAUCGUUAUUGUUCUUCACGCGCCGCCCGACGAGGAGAUCGAAACCAUUGACCAGAUCCUGGAAUAUGCUCUUGCGCCUGGCUACCUUCUCUACUGUUUCGUUGUCGUCGUGUUCGCGACAGUCAUGAUUUACAGGAUUGCACCAAUCCACGGAAAGAAAAACCCCUUGAUCUACCUCUCCAUCUGCUCGACCGUCGGCUCCGUGUCUGUCAUGUCUGUCAAGGCAUUCGGUAUCGCUGUCAAGCUUACCUUUGCGGGCAACAACCAGUUCGUUCACGCCUCCACAUACGUCUUCAUGAUCCUAUGCCUUGUCUGCAUACUCGUUCAGAUGAACUACUUCAACAAAGCUCUGGCCACCUUCUCUACCCAGAUUGUCAACCCCUUGUACUACGUUACCUUCACGACGGCCACCCUAUGCGCCUCGUUCAUCCUCUUCUCGGGCUUCAACACGAACGAUCCCGUCAACACACUAUCCCUUCUCUGCGGGUUCCUCGUCACUUUUACUGGUGUCUAUCUGCUCAACCUCUCACGCGCUGACCCUAAUGGCGACAAGAUGCUUGCGCGCCGCGGCAGGGAUGUGGGAGGCACAGACAUGAUCUCGAGUGUACAAACACGGUUGAGCAUGUCUGCGAGACGGAGCAUGGACCCACGCUACAGUGUUGGGAGUACUAACGACAGAGAAGGCUUGAUGCGUGGAUAUGACGAGGAGGCUGGUUUUGGUCUGACAGACCUGGCAGAUGACAGCGAUGCCGACAACGCGACGACGAAUGGCAAUGGGCAUGCCAAGAAAUCUCGUGGCAACUCGAUCGAGCUGCAGUCCUCAAAAGCUGCUGAGCGGUGAGUACCGAACAAUCAAGCUCGCACACUCUGAGCUCCACCACCAACAAACACAUCAUCAACACACACUGUAAAUUUAUCUUCGACUACCUGUCAUGAAAAGGGAGGCUGGGAACUUUUGAUUGAAGACUACCACACGAUUGAACGAGAAGGGCUUGGCGCGGUUUACAUGACAGGAGUAUAGAGCUGGGAACUUUUAGGGGCAUGGGGAUUGGAAUCAU